AUGAAAGCACCACAAGGAUUGACUGGUGUUUCUGCUAAUCAGGUCUGCAAGUUAAAGAAAUCAUUAUACGGCCUACGACAAGCUAGUAGGAAAUGGUAUGAAAAGUUAUCUCAAUUCCUCAUCACCAUUGGAUAUGCUCAGAUGACAUCUGAUCCUACUUUAUUUACCAAGUCCACCUCAUCUGAUUUUAGUGUUUUACUUGUGUAUGUUGAUGACAUAGUUCUCACUGGAAAUUGUAUGGAUGAAAUAGAUGCUACUAAGUCACAACUACACAAAGCUUUUCGUAUUAAAGAUUUAGGCAUAUUGAAAUUUUUUCUUGGAUUGGAAGUGGCUCACUCCCAGCAAGGGAUUACAUUGUGUCAAAGAAAAUAUUGCUUAGAGCUACUGACUGAAACAGGUACCUUAGGAUGCAAGCCAUCCAGCAUUCCUAUGGAUCCAAGCAAUAGACUACAUCAUGAUGAUAGUGAACCACAUCAUGACAUCACUAAGUAUAGAGCUUUAGUUGGCAAACUACUAUAUCUCACCUCCACAAGGCCUGAUAUAGCUUUUCCUGUUCAACAGUUGAGUCAAUUUCUUGAUGCUCCAACUUCAACACAUUUCAAAGCUGCUCAUAAAGUGUUGAGAUAUCUCAAAGGCAAUCCUGGCACUGGUUUGUUUUUCCCUAGAAAUUCAUCCAUUCAGCUAUUAGGAUUUAGUGAUGCAGAUUGGGGAGGCUGCAUUGAUAGCAGAAGAUCAAUCACAGGAUACUGUUUCUUUCUUGGCCAAUCACUGAUCUGUUGGAAAUCUAAGAAACAAUUGACAGUGUCAAAAUCUUCAUCUGAGGCAGAAUAUCGUGCUCUAGCAUCUGCUACUUGUGAACUGCAAUGGUUGAGUUAUCUACUAAGAGAUCUGCAAGUCACAACAGACAAAUUACAUGCCCUCUAUUGUGACAGCCAGAGUGCUUUACAUAUUGCUUCUAAUCCUGUGUUCCAUGAACGCACAAAACACCUUGACAUAGAUUGCCACAUUGUAAGAGAGAAGCUUCAAGGAGGGUUGAUGAAAUUACUACCCAUUUCUGGCUUCAAUCAAACAGCUGACAUCCUGACCAAGGCCCUACAUCCAGCAAAUUUUCACAGACAAUUUUCCAAGCUUGGCCUUCAUAACAUCUUCAGGCCUCAGCUUGAGGGGGUGUGA